AUGUUCUCAUUCUCGUUCCGUUCGCAUAUCCAGUCCACACUCUUCAGUUCGGGUCCCCUCUUUCCUAAUUUACCUUUCACUUCCGUUGUACCAGUAAUCUUCGGCCCAGGCUAGCCCUGCCUUCGCUAUACAGCGCGAGUCGCUUUCGUAUAUCUCAGUCACUCUCUCCAUCGGCGAGCCGGGCUAUCGCUUUAUCAGUAAACACUUCCAACGUCGUCAAGAUGCAGCUUACAACACUCGUCCUCGCCACUCUUACGAGCCUGGCUUCCGCCCAGAAGACCUGGGUCGUUGCUGUUGCCAAGAACGGCAGCUUGACCUACUCGCCCGACAAGCUCACGGCUCAACCGGGCGAGCAAAUCCAGUUCCAGUUCCACGCCGGCAACCACACCGUCACACAGUCUACCUUUGACCAGCCAUGCCAGCCCGUCGGGAUGCACAGCAACAUUACCGGCUUCCACUCCGGCUUCCUUCCCGCCGCCGCCAGCGCCUCGACGGGCAUGAUGCCCACAUUUACCAUCACAAUCAACGACACCAAGCCGCUGUGGUUGUAUUGUGCCCAGGGCAAGCACUGUGAGAAUGGCAUGGUGAUGGUUAUCAACGAGCCCACUACAAACGCCAGCCGCACGCUCGAGAAGUACAAGGAGCUCGCUGCGAAGGGGACGACUGUCGUCCCCGGCGCUGAGGGUGCUGGAUCAGGCGGCACGACUGGCAGCACUGACGGCUCGACCACGACCGGCGAUGCCUCGUCCGCUACCCCAACUACCGCCGGUGCCGGCAUGCUCUCUGCUCCGGGCACCAUUGCACUCGUCGCUGCUGCUGCUGCUGCCUUCUUCCUCUAACGGAGCAAGGAAUGAUAGGGUAUUCGGCGGUUCGGGUUGGUUUAUUCUAGCGGGAUAUUAAUACUGGCGGGUGACGACUGGUUCGGAUAUACCCUGUGCGGAGAUGUCCGGGCGUUCUGUCUUCAAAAUCAUCACGAUUACUGUAUAUGUGUUAUGGCCCCCGGCGUGCGUUACAUACUGCAUCUGAAAAUGAGCGAACGUGUUUUAUCUGGCAGCUGCCAUCCUUGACCUCCUUUAGCUU